CUUCAUCUCGUGAAUUCAAAGCCAUGCACCUGAUUCUAGGCAAGCGUGACGAACUGAUCGUCUGCAUUACUAUUUACUGCACCUCUAGUUUUAUAUAAAGCUUGCGUGAGCAGAAGUUUUCUGAUCUGGCUACCUCUCCACAGUAUGGCUCAACAUUGCUUCAUCAAGUUCCUUGAAGCUAGCCAUGUCUCUCCACCGCCGGGCUCAGUUCCCACGACCUCUCUUCCUCUCACUUUCUUGGACACCCUAUGGAUUUCUUGCUGUCAUAUACAACGCCUUUUCUUCUACAAAUUCCCCUACCCGACCUCCCAUUUCCUGCAUAACGCUCUCCCCAAUCUCAAAACAUCUCUCUCACUCACUCUGCAACAUUUCUUCCCUUUUGCAGGCAAUCUCAAGUUGCCUCCACUUCCUCAAAGGCCUUAUAUUUACUAUGCCGAUGGUGAUUCUCUCCCGUUUGUUGUCAUUGAAUCCACAGCAGACUUCAAGCAUCUGAUCACAGGCAAUCGUCCAAGACAUGCUCAGGAUUUAGAAGAUCUCGUUCCCAACUUGCCACCGCCAAGUAUGUCCUCCGAUGGCGACAAUAUUUGCAAGCAGCAGCCGCUUAUGGCCAUCCAAGUCACUGUCUUUCCUAAUGCCGGUAUUUCCAUAGGUAUCACCUUCUGUCAUGUUGCAGCUGAUGGGAGGGCCUUUGGUCAUUUCACCAAGUCCUGGGCAUCUAUUUGUAGGUCACUAGGGGACUCAACUUCUGUUCGCAAUAUUAUUUCCCCACCUAACUAUAGCAGGGAUUUGAUCCAAGAUCCUCGAGGAAUUUGGACCAUUUUUCUCAAAGAAUUAUAUGAUUGGGAGACUUUGGAAAGAAUGACUCCAACAGACAAUGUUCGAAUCACGCCUGUAAUCAACAAAUCCCAUGUUGAGAUGUUGAAAACAUGGAUUGCAAGAAAGUAUGUGGAAGAGACCGAGAAGGAGCCGCCCAGAUUGUCAACGUUUGUGGUAACCACUGCUUUCAUGUGGGUUUGUUUGGUCAAACUGAAACAAAGUAAUAAAACUCCUGAUCAACGUUUAAGAAAUGAUGAUGCGAUUUGCGUCUUUACUUUUCUAGCUGAUUGUAGGUACCGCCUAAGAUUGCCCACAAAUUAUUUUGGAAACUGUCUAGAACCGUGUGUUGCAACAGCAAAAAGAAGUGAGCUAAUUGGAGAAAAUGGGAUGGUUGUGGCUGCAAAGGCUAUUGGAAGAGAAAUUCUGGAGUUCGAGAAAGAACCAUUGAGAGGGGCAGCGACUUGGAUAUCAAGUGGAAAGGAAGUCUUACGUAAAUGUGAACACUACAUAACACUUGCAGGAUCGCCAAAACUGCGAGUUUACGAGACAGAUUUUGGGUGGGGAAGACCAGCAAAGAGUGAGGUCGUUCACCUUGGUUCUCAAGGAUCGAUUGCCAUUGCUGAGAGUAGUGAUGAGGAAAGUGGCGUUGAAUUUGGCGUACCCCUUGCUCCAGAUGAAUUCGACAAAUUCAAUGCUAUUUUUGAGCAAGGUUUAUUGAACCUGUGUAAAUAAAUUGUUGUACGAUGGAGCGGUUGGUUGGUUUAUGUGAUGUUUGCUUCUACUUAAAACAUUAAAUAAUCAAAUGU